UCCUGUCCAUCCCUCUAGCUAGGCUAGCUGGCAACAUGGAGACAAACACUUUUUCACUUGAACUUCUUACAAACGAUAAUUAUGCGGAUUGGAGCGUCAAGAUGAAAAAUAAUCUGUUGGCUCAAGGUCUUUGGGACAUUGUUGAAACAUGCUCGAAACCUCCCAAACCAGAUGAUGAUGUGGUUGAAUUCAAGACUUGGAAAAAGAUGAAUGCUGCAGCAUUACAUGCAAUCCAAAGUUCGUGUGGUAUGGACAUACUUUCUCGAAUCAGUAAAAUUAGUUCUGCCAAAAUUGCUUGGGAAACAUUGGCUGAAAUGUUCAUGGAAAUGCGGCUGGUUUUGUACAACACGGUUGAGCAAGGACACUCUUGCUCAUCAGAUACCUUAGAUAGUGGACAGGACAUGCCAACAGGGACUGGAGCUAAUCAGAAAGUUGAGAGUGGAAACUCUUCAAGUGCACACAAAUCAGGCAACAUGGAAACAAACAUUUUAUCUCUUGAACUGUCACUAGGGACUGGAGCUAAUCAGAGACAUGAGAGUGGAAAUUCUUCAGACAACCAAGAUCGUUCUAACUCAUCAAACAUCUUAGAUAAUGGACAGAAUACGAUAAUACAGAUUGAAGAUGAUAAUUCGAUAAUUGAUAAAGGAAACUUUUCAAGUUCAAACAGCCCAGGGCCUGAGAUGGAGGAUGAUUAUGCGGCCUUACUCAAGGCUGUGCAAAGUGGUAAUUGGAACGCUACAAGAGAACUCCUCAUGAAGGACCACCCAGCUGCGUUGACAGCAAGAAUAAUGAAUACGGGUGGGACAGUUCUUCACGCUGCUGUUAAUGCUGAACAGGAACAUAUAGUGGAGGAGUUGGUCAAUAUGAUUUCGGAAAAUGAUUUGGAAAUGCAAAAUGAAUUGGGCUUUACAGCUCUACAUUCGACAACUAUUAUUGGGAAUCGGAGGAUGGCAGAGUGUCUGAUUAUAAAGAACAAGAGGUUGGUCAGCAUUAGGGAUUAUCGAAAAGAACUUCCAGUUUCUCUGGCUAUGGCCUUUGAUCAUAGAGAAUUGGCUCGCUAUCUCUAUUCUCAAACUCCGUUGGAAGAUUUGGAGGCAGAAGAAGGCUGCCAUGGUGCUUCACUUCUUAACCGUUGUAUUUAUUACGGAGAUUUAGAUAUGGCUUUGAAAUUAAUGAAGCGUUGUCCUAGUUUGGCUUUUGCCAAGGACCAUCAAUCACCACAUGUCUACCCUUUGGAGGUAUUAGCUUAUAAUUCGACUGACGCAUUCGAGCUGAGUGGAAAUUAUGGGAUGGUGUUUUGGAAACAAUGGAUCUACAAUCACUGUAUACAUGACAUUUCAGAAGCAGAUUUAGAUCGUGCUGCCGAUCAAGAAAAAAAUAUCGAAUCAGUACUGCGAGCUGAUCUAUGGCGCAAACUAGUUUCACGUCUCUUGAACCUCUUGGGAUUCAAGCGUUUAUAUGAAACGAAGUUGGUACGAGCUCAAUUCCGACGACUUCUGAUCCUUAUGUGUCAAGAAAGCCAAAGAAAUCGAUAUGAUCUGAAAAUUAUUAUGAAAGCAGUGGUCGGUGCUAUCAAGAGAGGGAACUUUGAAUUUGUUUGUCAUAUAGUCAAAGCAAAUCCAGAAAUUUUGUGGAGGGGCAUGUUCCAUUGGGUCGUCCUACAUCGUCAACAUAGGAUCUUUAGCCUUAUAUACAGCUUAAAACAAAAGAAUGUUGUACUAAAUUUGAUAGAUGAAUCCGACAAUAUAAUAUUGCAUAUGGCAGGGAAGGUAAUAGAAAAUACUGCAAUCGAUCAUAUAAGAGGAGCAGCUUUGCAAAUGCAAAGAGAAGUUCAAUGGUUUCAGGAGGUGGAACGCAUAUGCCCUCCCUCUUAUAAGGAAACUUUAAACAAAGAUGGUUUGACUCCCGAACAAUUGUUUACGAAAGACCACCAAGAAAUGAGAAAAGAGGGAGAAAGAUGGAUGAAGGACACAGCAACUUCUUGUACAGUGGUCGGGGCUCUCAUCAUUACCAUUAUGUUCGCGGCAGCAUUUACCAUUCCUGGUGGUAACAAUCAAGAUACAGGCAUGCCAAUCCUCGUGCAUGACAAACUUUUUACACUCUUUAUAGUAGCUGAUUCUCUAUCACUAUUUUCUUCCACGACUUCAGUAUUAAUGUUUUUAGGAAUCCUUACAUCACAUUAUGCAGAAAAAGACUUUCUUAGAUCCUUGCCUAGAAAGAUGAUUAUAGGCCUUUUCGCUCUCUUCUUCUCUAUUGCAUCUAUGAUGAUAGCCUUUUCUACUGCUCUUUUACUUAUGUUACGUGGAAAAUACCAGAUCGUCAUUCCUAUUAUUGGUUUGGCUAGUAUUCCCGUUAUUCUAUUUGUAGUGAUGCAAUCUCGCCUUCUUGUUGAGAUGUUUAAUUCAACCUAUAGACUAGGUAUCUUUGAUAGAAAAAUGAAGUCUUUGUUUUAAGUUUUUACCUUAUUUGUUGUAAUGUUGUAUUAAUAUA